AAGUGACCCCAUUUCCAAUGUCCCAUGGAGGGAAGCAAUGUGAGCCACUCCAACCCAAAAACACUGCGCCCAGUAUCCCGACAAUCCCUGCUCCCACAUCAGGAGUCGAGCCUCCCAACGAUGAGUCUUCCAGCCCCUCCCGAACACUCAGACUCCCGUGCCAGCCCCUCCACGUACAGCCGGAUCAGGGUCCGUCUGUGGCUGAAAUAAAGUUAGAAGCUUUAACUGAGCGCCUGGAAAAGGAGAUGGACGUCCAGCCAAAGGCUGAGUACUUUGGCAGUUGUGUGAAGUGCAGCCAGGCUGUGUAUGGAGCCGGUCAGGCGUGUCAGGCGAUGGGAAGCCUGUAUCACGACGGCUGCUUCACCUGUAGCGCGUGCAGUCGGAAGCUCCGGGGAAAAGCCUUUUACUACGUCUGUGGGAAAGUGUUUUGUGAAGAGGACUUCCUGUACUCUGGGUUCCAGCAGUCUGCCGACAAAUGCAACGUGUGCGGACAUUUAAUCAUGGACAUGAUCCUGCAGGCGCUGGGAAAGUCUUACCACCCCGGCUGCUUCCGCUGUGCCAUCUGUAAUGAGAGUCUGGAUGGAGUGCCUUUCACUGUGGACACAGAGAAUAAGAUCUACUGUGUGAAGGACUACCACAGAGUUCUAGCACCUAAAUGUGCCGCAUGUAAUCAGCCGAUCCUGCCCUCUGAGGGAUCGGAUGAAACCAUUCGAGUGGUCUCCAUGGACAGGGACUAUCACGUGGAGUGCUAUCACUGUGAGGACUGUCAGAUGGAGUUGAAUGACGAGGAGGGUCACCGCUGCUAUCCUCUGGACGGACGCCUGCUCUGUCACGCAUGUCACCUGAAACACAUCGACCCCGCCGCCCCUCUGUCCACAGCACACAGCUAUCACAGUCAGUUUUAGAGAUCUCACACCCCCUUGUGGGCGUUCAGAGAUGUCACCGUUUGCCAAAGAUGCUCAGCUCAUUACCAAAAGCCCCAGCUGAGAUUGAGAUUACAAAAACAAAGUCAUUUAGCCUUGCUUGUAUGAGACAAAUGCUGUAAACAAAGAGCCAUUGGCUUAUGCAAAAUGCUACCGAUAUUUGUAAAUAGGGCAACUAGUACAUGUUACAAAACCGUUUUUCUGAAUUUCUUGAAUGCCACCUAAUAGUAUAUAAACAUUUAUUUAAAGGUGUGCUCAGUAAUUCUUUUUAUUCACUU